UAUACAGUGAAACUCCCGAAACCGCAGCCAACUAUUUUGAGUGCUCUUGUUUUACGCUGACGGAAGAUGUUUCUCGCCAAAAAGUUAAUCGGUGGCCUCAUUGAUGUUGUCAGCAACAUCGACCCAGCCCAGUUUGUGCCAACUGAUCCUCCUCCACCACGCAGGCCAGUUGCGUACGCAGAGCAGCACGAAAGCGAUGAGGAGAAACAGUUCCGCAGAGUCUUCCAGCAACUAGCCGGAGAUGACAUGGAAGUGAGCCCAACUGAGCUGAUGAACAUCCUAAACAGAAUCAUUUCAAAGCAUGGAGACCUGAAGACAGACGGUUUCAGCAUUGAGUCCUGUAGGAGCAUGGUGGCAGUCAUGGAUAGCGACAGCACUGGUAAACUGGGCUUCCAUGAAUUCAAACACCUCUGGAACAAUAUAAAGAAAUGGCAGGGAGUGUACAAGUCCUACGAUGCCGACGGCUCCGGUGUCAUCAGUGCAGAGGAGCUACCCAGCGCUUUUAGAGCUGCUGGCUUCCCCCUCAACGACCAGCUGUUCCAGAUGUUAAUUCGCAGAUACAGCGAUGAAAAUGGGAACAUGGAUUUCGACAAUUACAUCGGCUGCCUCGUGAGGCUGGACGCCAUGUGUCGUGCCUUCAAAACCCUGGAUAAGGAUAACAAUGGGACCAUCAAAGUCAAUAUUAAGGAGUGGCUGCAGUUGACCAUGUACUCUUGAGUCCAGAUGACGGCUCUCACGCUUGUUUUACGGAACCACUUUCUUUGUCUACACAAUACAAAAUAUAUUUCCUCCACCUUCCCUUCAACUCCCAUCCCACUCGUCAUUCAGCAGAUCCCUUGUGUGUGCAGGUUUAUCUUGAAUGUUAAUUCAAUGUCUGGUGUCACUGUUACUUGUAAGACAGAUUUGAUACUGUAUUAUAACUCGGGGAAAAGCACAAACCUGCAUUCACAAUGGUAGCCAUAGCUGAGGGUAAAAAAAGAAAUGCCACUGAAUGCUCUGCAUAAGUAUUAAGCCAACGUGAUAGCACAGUUUGUUGAAUUGGGUUAAUUUUGUGAGCUUGUUUGGCAUCUGAUCUUGUUAUGACUAAUGCCCACUAAUCUAAAUGGCAUGAGAAGGAGGCAGGCCGACAUCAAACUGUUUUACAUUGUGACGUUCGUGAAAGCAGGAAGCUGUGUGUGUUUGCUUGGGGGCCAGUUUCACAAAGACACAGUAUGGUGGGCUGGUCUAAAGAGUUAGGCCAGUAAUGGGGUUUAUUUGAACUGUUUUAAUACCUUUUAGAAAGUUUCCGAAAAGUGCAGACUGGCAGUUAAAAGGCUAAAGGUUACCCACCUUAAUCUCAGAACCAUGAGUCUUUCUGACAACUCAGACAAUUAUUGUCAAAACAGGAAAAGCUACUUGCAGCAGAGUGAAGCUGUAGCUUGAUCUGCCAUGUUUUUUUUAUUGUCUGAAAAGCCACCUACACAGUGAAGACACUUAUUUGGCCUAAGAAGAGCUUUCUCAGAGCUGUGUGGGCAUGUACAGUAUAGCUCUUGAUUGACAUCUCUAUCUCUAUGCUGGCAACACCAUUCAUAUAAGUAUAUGGAGUUUAGUGUCCUUGCAAAUCCUCUGAAAAGCUUCACCCAGUUUCAGCCCGAGCAGAGGUCUAACCAGCUUUCCCAGUAACUGAAGUCACCUGUCAGGAUGUACAGGGCCUUUAAAAGAGUCCACUUUAAAGGCUCAGCACCUACACAGGUUUUUUCAGGCAUUAUGGCUGAGCAGAGCUCCUCUCAAGUUAGGCGGAGCUAUUCUGAGAGGUACGUGAGGUCAUAAGGAUGUGUGUUGUCCCAAGCCAACAGGUGCAGCACAGUUAACAGGAGUGUUGGGGGAUGGUAAUCAUGCCCACACAGCCCUGAGGAGAGGUGUUCUACUUUUUAGACCUCACUUAUAUUUGAUGUCUUUGUGAAAUCAGCCCUAAAUCCAUUGAUCAGACAGUUUAUCAUUUUAGUUGGAUUAUAUAAAUGAUGGUUCACUUGCACCACAGCCUAUUGCAAUCAAAUCAUGCUUGAAUGAUUUGUUAAAGCCAUUAUUUUUGCAUCAGAGUUGCACUGUUCUGGAAUCCCAGUGAUUUCUACAACUACUAGAAAAUAUCUAAAAUGCCAAGAAAAUCCCAAACAUUCUUUCAAAUUAGCUAAUAUUAAUGGUUGUAUUACUGUAAAUAUCCGCUAUAUCCAGCCCUAUAUCUCUUCUGUUAUAAUAACGUGCAUUAACAUACUAAGAGACAAUGUUUUGUUUGAGCAGGCUGAUAUUGUGCCAUUUAAUGUUUAAUGUUUAAUGCCAGUUUUACACCUUUUGCCAUCGCAGCUUACUGGUCACUUCUACUUAUCACUGUGUACUGAAACGUGCUGCAUCAGAUAUUGCCAGCACCAUGUGUGACUUCAUUAUAUGUAACAGAUGUGUAUGCCACUAAUGCAUGCAACCAAUGUUUAAAGAUGCCAUUAUUAGAGGUUUUUAACCAUGUUCUAGCCACAGUUAUUUAACUGCUUGGCAAAAUAAAUACCUGUGCCGUAUUUGGAAUAAAAAGGGUGU